UAGGCGCGCCCAUUUCAGAUUGCUAAACUCCACAGUCAGGAGGGAAAAAAAAAAAAUCUGGGAGGAGGUGGCUGGCCACACCCCGCGGUGCCCGAGAGUUUCCCCCGCAGAGGAAGGCCGCCCAGGCAGACGCCGGCGAGAUGCGGAGCCCGCCGCUGCUGACCGCCGCCCACCUCCUCUGCCUGUGCUGCGCGGCAGUGGCCGCGGCCCCCCGGCCCCGGUUUCUGGUGACAGCCCCAGGGAUCAUCAGGCCCGGAGGAAAUGUGACUAUUGGAGUGGAGCUUCUGGAACACAGUCCCUCACAGGUCACUGUGAAGGCAGAGCUGUUCAAGAUGGCAUCAAACCUAAACGUGUCUGUCCUGGAAGCAGAAGGGGUCUUCGACAAAGGCUCUUUCAGGACACUUACUCUUCCAUCAAUACCCCUGAACAGUGCAGAUGAGAUGUAUGAGCUACGUGUAACUGGACGUGCCCAGAAUGAGAUUUUAUUCUCUAAUAGUACCCGCUUAUCAUUUGAGACCAAGAGAAUAUCUGUCUUCAUUCAAACAGACAAGGCCCUGUACAAGCCAGCACAAGAAGUGAAGUUUCGGGUUGUUACACUCUUCUCAGAUUUCAAGCCUUACAAAACUUCUCUAAACAUUCUACUUAAGGACCCCAAGUCCAAUUUGAUCCAACAGUGGUUGUCGCAGCAAAAUGAUCUUGGAGUGGUUUCUAAAACUUUCCAGUUAUCUUCCCAUCCAAUAGUUGGUGAUUGGUCCAUUCAAGUUCAAGUGAAUGACCAGACAUAUUAUCAAUCAUUUCAUGUUUCAGAAUAUGUGUUGCCAAAAUUUGAAGUGGUUUUGCAGACACCAUUAUAUUGUUCUUUGAAUUCCAAGAAUUUAAACGGUUCUAUUACAGCUAAGGAUCUCAAGAAAUGCAAGCUCCAAUGUGUUUUUCAAACAGCAUGAUUAUAUCAUCGAAUUUUUUGAUUAUGCUGCUGUCUUGAAGCCGUCUCUCAACUUCACAGCUACUGUGAAGGUUGCCCGUUCUGAUGGCCAUCAGCUAACUCCUGAAGAGAGAAGCAAUAAUGUCGUCAUAGCAGUGCUGCAGAGAAACAGCACCAACCUCUGGACCAGGUGGAGCAGCAGAAAUGAGGAAACAGCAGCCGUCCAGAACAUCAGUUAUGCUCUCCCCCCAAGUGGAAUCUUUACGAUUGAAUUCCCAAUCCUGGACAAUUCCGCUGAGCUACAAUUGAAGGCCUAUUUUCUUGACAGUGUAAGUAGCAUGGCAGUCCAUGGUAUGUUUACAUCUCCUAGUAAGACAUACAUCCAGCUCAAAACAAGAGAUGAAAAUGUCAAGGUGGGGUCACCGUUUGAGUUGGUGGUUACUAGCAACAAGCCCUUGAAGGAGUUAAGCUAUAUGGUAGUAUCCAGGGGACAGUUAGUGGCUGUAGGCAAACAAAAUUCAACAAUCUUCUCUUUAACACCAGAAAGUUCUUGGGCUCCAAAAGCUUGUAUAAUUGUGUAUUAUAUUAAAGAUGAUGGGGAAAUUAUAAAUGAUGUUCUCAAAAUUCCUGUUCAACUUGUUUUUAAAAAUGAGAUAAAGCUGUUUUGGAGUAAAGCUAGUGCUAAACCAUCUGAGAAAGUGUCUCUUAAGGUCUCUGUGACACAGCCUGACUCCAUAAUUGGCAUCACAGCUGUUGAUAAAAGUGUGAAUCUGAUGAAUGCCUCAAAUGAUAUGUCAGUGGAAAAUAUGAUACUUUGGAGUAUGCUGAGAGGUUUGUGGAGGAAAAUGAUGGGAACAUGGUAGACAUUCACGACUUUUCUUCCGUUGAUUACCCACAUGUCAGAAAGCAUUUUCCAGAGACUUGGAUUUGGAUAGACACCCAUAUGGGAUCCAAGACUGACCAAGAAUUUGAAGUGACUGUACCUGAUUCCAUCACUUCUUGGGUUGCAAAUGCCUUUGUCAUCUCUGAAGACUUAGGUCUUGGACUAACAACUGCUCCAGUGGAGCUACAAGCCUUCCAGCCAUUUUUCAUUUUUUUGAAUCUUCCCUACUCUCUUAUCAGAGGUGAAGAAUUUGCUUUGGAAGUAACCAUAUUCAGUUAUUUGAAAGAUGCUAUUGAGGUUAAGGUAAUAAUUGAGAAAAGUGACAAAUUUGAUAUUCUAAUGACUUCAAGUGAAAUAAAUGCCACGGGACACCAGCAAACCAUUUUGGUCCCCAGUGAGGAUGGGGCGACUGUUGUUUUCCCUGUCAGGCCAACACAGCUGGGAGAAAUUCCUAUCACAGUAAUAGCUGUUUCACCCAGUGCUUCCGAUGCCAUCACCCAGAGGAUUUUGGUAAAGGCUGAAGGAAUAGAAAAAUCGUAUUCACAAUCCAUCUUAAUGGACUUGACUGACCCAAAACUGCGAAGUACCACAAAAACUUGGAGUUUCUCAUUUCCUCCUGACACAGUCAGUGGCAGUGAAAGAGUUCAGAUCAAUGUAGUAGGAGACAUUCUUGGUCCAUCCAUCAGUGGCUUAGCCUCACUGAUUCAGAUGCCUUCUGGCUGUGGUGAACAGAACAUGAUAAAUUUUGCUCCAAAUAUUUAUGUUUUGGAUUAUCUAAUGAAAAAGAGACAACUGACAGAUAAUUUAAGAGAAAAAGCCCUUGCCUUCAUGAGACAAGGUUACCAGAGAGAACUUCUCUACCAAAGAGAAGAUGGCUCUUUUAGUGCUUUUGGGAAUGUUGAUCCUUCUGGGAGCACUUGGUUGUCAGCUUUUGUUUUAAGAUGUUUUCUCGAAGCUGAUCCAUAUAUAGAUAUCGAUCAGAAUGUGUUACACAGAACAUAUACUUGGCUCAAAGGACAUCAGACACGCAACGGUGAAUUUUGGGAGCCAGGAAGAGUGAUCCAUAGUGAGCUUCAAGGUGGCAAUAACAGUCCUGUGACACUCACAGCCUACAUUGUGACUUCUCUCCUGGGAUAUAAAAAAUAUCAGCCUAAUAUUGAUGUGCAAGACUCUGUCAGCUUUUUGGAGUCACAGCUCGACAGGGAAGUUUCAGACAAUUAUACCCUGUCUCUCAUAACCUACGCCUUGUCAUCAGUGGGUAGUCCUAGAGCGAAGGAAGCUUUGAAUGUGCUGACCCAGAGAGCAGAACAAGAAGAAGGCAUGCGGUUCUGGGUGUCCUCAGUGUCUAAACUCUCUGAGUCCUGGCAGCCCCGCUCCCUGGACAUCGAAGUCGCAGCCUAUGCACUCCUCUCACACUUCCUGCAACAUCAAGUGGCUGAGGGCAUCCCAGUUAUGAGGUGGCUAAGCAGGCAGAGAAAUAGCCUGGGAGGUUUUGCAUCUACCCAGGAUACCAUUGUGGCCCUGAAGGCCCUGUCUGAAUUUGCAGCCCUGAUGAAUACAGAAAGGACCGAUAUCCAAGUGACUGUGAUGGGGCCUAGCUCACCGAGUCCUACCAAGUUUCUCAUUAAGACGCACAGCCGCCUACUCCUUCAGUCAGCAGAGCUUCCUGUGGAACAGCCAACUACAGUUAAUAUUUCUGCAAAUGGUUUUGGAUUUGCUAUUUGUCAGUUCAAUGUUAUUUAUAAUGUGAAAGAGUCAGGAUCUGCUAGAAGACGAAGAUCUAUUCAAAAUGAAGAAGCCUUUGAUUUAGAUGUUGAUGUAAAAGACAAUAAAGAUGAUAUCAAUCGUGUGAAUUUAAAUGUGUGCACAAGGUUUUUGGGUCCAGAUAGGAGUGGCAUGGCCCUUAUGGAAGUGAACCUACUCAGUGGCUUUACUGUGCCUUCAGAUGCAGUUCCUCUGAGUGAGACAGUGAAGAAAGUGGAACAUGAUCAUGGAAAACUCAGCCUCUAUUUAGACUCUGUAAAUGAAACCCAGUUUUGUGUGGAUAUUCCUGCUGUGAGAAACUUUAAAGUGUCAAAUACUCAAGAUGCUUUGGUGUCCAUCGUGGAUUACUAUGAGCCAAGGAGACAGGUGGUGAGAAGCUACAACUCCAAAGCGAAGCUGUCCUCCUGUGACCUCUGCAGAGGCGUCCAGGGCUGCCGGCCUUGUGAGGAUGGUGCAGCGGCCUGCCUUCAUCACUCUCCGCUCCUCUUCGUUUUCUGUGUCCUGCUUCUCUGCUCUUUGCAGUAUUGGCUGUGAUGAGUGUUUGAAGGACUCCACGAAACACAGACAUUUCCAGAAGACACAUGUGAUUGUUUUGUUUUCGUAAUUGCAUAUUGCCUCUAUUUUGAGAAACAUUUUUUUUUCUUUCUUUCCGUGGGGUUUGGGGGCAUGGUGUCUAACAGGUUCCAGUAUGUAUAGCUGUGUAGAUUUCUGUGUGUGGAAGACCAGAAUGUCUACAGCUCUAUAUCUUUAUUUCCCCCACAACUCUCGAAAGCUCUCAGGAUUUUGGGGAGAGUGUUUGUUUUCUCCAGAAUAAAAGUGUCAUUUUUAGGUUAGCCCUUCUUCUUGUUUUGUGAAAGAAAGGAGUCCAGGUUCCUAAGCAUUGAGAUACAUCAGCAGUUGUGUCCAUGUUAAAGAUGGGUUUCCCUGGGAGCUGGAUGGGGACAGCAACCAGCAGAGGGAGCUUGUUCUGACCCUUCUCCUUCCCUCCUCCUCCCUGUCCCUUCCUCAUCCCAACCCACUCCCAGUGGUCUCUCUUAACUGCACAUUACUUCUAUCUUUUUAGAAUGUAGAUUAUAGAUUGUUUUACAACUGAAAUGGCCUUUAUCUACCCCAAACCCACCCCAGCCUUUGCCCUCCUGCCUUUUCCUUCUGGAAAGAAGAAAGAGCAAGGCCAUGUGUCAAGGUGAGACGUGCACUUGAUACUGCUCCCUGGGGCAUGGGUAUGCGCUCUCCUCAGCCCCGGCUCUGUUCCCCAGGAGAGGGCCAAAGAACACUGCAAAAUUUGCCUUAUGUGACUUGGAAUAGAGGGUCUUGGACUGGGAGACACUGGAGAAGCCAAGGUUACAGUGAGAUACCCUACACCACCUCCUCCUGGUCUGAGGAGGAAGUUGGGUUGACAUGGCUGCUUCAGGGUGUUGGCUGGGAAUCCUGCAGAACCUCACGAGGCUCUGGUGCUCCGCCCCCUUCUGCCAGCUGUACAGUGACAGCUGGGGCUGGCUGUGAAUCUUUAGGGAGAUGCUUAAAUUCUGAGCACCCAGGUCAACCUGUGUCCCGAAGGGUGGUAGUGUUUAGUUUUUCUGGUUGGAAAUAAAAAAAUCCCUUUCUUUCCUCUCUCCUUUUCCUCUCUUCCUGCGUUCUGUCAUUUCUUCCCCUUUCCCUUCUAAAUGUACUGACAUAGUUUAAGUAUAUUUUAAAACUUUCACUUAACACCAAUCUUACUAAAUAUAAGAAAUGAUUUCAUUUUACUCCUGAACUCCAUGGUGUUUGUCACAUAGACAUGGAAAGAGAAUUGCAUUGGACUCUACUGAGCUUGCGUUAUACACUUUUCAGUUAUCUCAGAGUAAGUCUAUCAAAAGUGAAGAAUGCAAAUAUAUCUCUUAAAGUUAAUUAAGAAGAUGCUCUUAUUUUAGUAAAUUUUUAGAAAUCUUACUAGAGUGUAUUGCUUAUGGAUAUUUUGGAUACCAUGAUAGCAACGACCACCAUUCGGUAGUUUAAGGCUUGUAUCCUCUAUGUAGAAAAUAGAUCCUCAGAAAGGUCUAUGAAGAGAGUGCUUAAAUAUCAAAACAUAAGUUUCUUAUAUGUUUACAAAUGAGGAAGAGCGUUUAUGUCUGUUACACCUUUGAAGCAGUCUGUUCUGAAAGACGCACUUGUCCUGGCUGACCCUCCUUGUGAUGGGUGAUUUUGGCCUUUAUACUCUGGGCUCUCCCUAGAGUUAAAAUCAUCUUACAAUGAAAUUGGGGGUUGGUGCUGGCAAAGAAUGUGUCCCUGCCUCUGUCCUGCCCAGGACACCGUAUGCUGGCUAUCAAGACCUUAUAUUCUUCAGUAAAUAAGCUUCACUGAAUGUCUAGUGUUGCACAUUAGAAAAUACUCAAAUGGAAAGAGGGUUGUAUCUUUUUAGGACCACAUUUCUUCACUUGAAAAGCGAAUUUAAGUACCUUUUUUGUGAUGUGCUUGAGAUUUUGAAGUUAAAAGUCAACUUUUGAGCCAUCUGUUUUUAUUAUAAAUUUAUUAGAAGUGAGAAAGAGGAGGAGGAAGGAUUGAUUGGCACUGCCUGGGGCCUUUGGGAUGUCUUGGCCUCUUCCUCUUCCUCUUUCUCACAGAGAAUUUGCUCUGCUGCAAGCCGUAGGUUCAGAGUAGAAGUGAUUUAAAAAUCAUAAGCAUGAGGAGAAAAGGAGUACAUGCAGUAGCCAUGGUAAGUAGGAUAAACUAUUUUCUUUAUAGGCUAAGAGCAAUAAUAUUAGAAAAUUCAUCUUACUUUGAAGUUUGCUCAUGCUGAAUCUGCUCUGUUAGAAUGCUGUCAGUUUCAUCUACUGAUGCAGACUGAUCUGAAUUCUGCCUUCUCCCCCACUGUUUGGGAGGCUUCUUAAGACUCCAGCAUACGCCAGUGCUAAUUUUGACUGGCCCAUGGUUUUAGAGACAGAAUUUUGGGAAAAACUAAUAGCCAAAGCAAUUCUAGGUCAGAACAACCUUAUAUUUGGUUUUAUCAUCUUAAUACUUCACUUACAAUUCUAAAAAAACCAGUUAAACCUCAUUAAAAUAGGCCCAGUCAAAUGAUAUACUUCCUUUUAUUGUGUAUUUCUAUUGUGUUCUCUCAUAAUACUAAAAAAAUAGUCUAUUUGGGUUAGUAUUUUGGGUAUGUUAUAAUCUGAGGUGCAUUGUACUCAUAAAGAAUUCAAAUGAGCAUCUACUGCCUGUUUGUCACUUAUGUAUAUAAUAUUGUAUCUUACACAGACACAUUUUCAGAAUUGUAGAAAUGGUUCUCACUUCACCUAUUCUUUUGAGUAUGAAAAUAUUUUAAAAAGAAAUUAUAUUUAGCCUUAAUUUCUGCUUAUGCUGAGUAUAGUUAUAAAUUGCCUGACAAUGCCAACUCUCUUUAUUCUGAUAAAUUCAAUUAUUUCAUGACAUUUAUGGCUGUUCCCUGACAUAAAAAGAAUUGGAACUAUGAUUGUCUUUGACAUUUUAUUAACUGUUAUCAUGUAGUCUGGAGUUCUUUGUAAUAAACCUCACUUUUUCUGAUUUGUUUUAUUGAACUUUAAAACUCAUUUGUAUUUUAAAAAGUUAUAAAUACUCUCAAUGUAAGGACAGUGAUUAUUUUGGGUCUACCAAGUGGCUACCAUGGAUCAAGGUGUCAUGGUAGAUAGCUCAUUUCUUGCAUGUUGUAAAUUUGAGACAUCUAUAUUAAGUGGACUCACUCUUGAAUAAGCUUCAGAACAUUUUAUAUUCUCAGUAGAGACUUCUGAUAGGUGCAAGAGUGUAUUUCUCAAUUUUAUUUGUUUUCAAAUUCCAGCACUUUUAAGAACUUAAAAUUUUCCUGUCAUCUAUUCUAAUGAUAUCCAUGCUAAUAUUAAAUAUCUUAAAUUACUUUGAGAUUAACUUGAGGUGCAAUUUUUUUUUUGAUCACUACUUUGAAUAGAGAACUGUUAUUCUAGUUUCUUCAGGAAACUAAGCAAUACAUGUAACUUUUGAAUUAAGUAUGUAUUCUUGAAAGGAGACUUGUUUUGAGACUAUUUCUAGCCAAUAGGUUGUGUUUUCAUGUGCCAUGUUAUAUCAUUUCAUAAAACAUGUUGUCCUUUUCAUGUCUGUUGUAAGAAAGGAAAUAGGUAUUUCCUGGGUGAUUUCUGAGUUUCUUAUUUCAAAGGAUGUUUAAUACAUUGACAUGCAUGUGUCUCUGUGAUAGGGAUGAAUGACAUUGAAAUGUGUGUUGCUUCAUUUUAAAGAAUCAUCCUAUCUCAUAUUGUCAUGAAGUCAACAUUCAGUCUUCUGCCCGGCAUAUUGACUUGGCAGUAGAAGGAGUCCCUUUGCAGAUUUUUAAGAUUUAUCUUUGAUAGCUUCAAUAGACUGUGGCUUGAUUCUGGCCCUUCAACCUUUUAAGUUACAGAGUUUUAGUAAGAUAUAGUUGAUAUGGUGAAGUCAAUCUCUUUGUACAUGGGAAACUUUAUAAAAUUUCAUUCAUAAAUUCUCUAUUUUGAAAAGCUAUUUUGCAUAUGAGAAGUGUAUUGUUGAAAUAAACAUUAUUUUCUAGGAACUAAAGCUUUACAUAUUGAUCAGGGUGAUUUUGAAAGUUUUCAUUCAUAUUGGAUUGUUAUGUUAUUGUUAAUUGUGUACUAUAAUGUAUUCAACAGGAAAUAAUGAUUUACCGAUAAAAAUAAAAAUUCUCACCUAUUUCA